AUGGAUCGAGGUAAAGAAAUGCUUUAUGAUACACACAUCAAAAUGUACCCGCCCUCGCGGAAAGAGCCUAUCUCACAAAGAAUAACAAGCAAUAGUCCAUCUCGACCUGUGCCGUAUCCAGUGGAAGAUACGCAACAACCCAUGAGUCCGAUUCCAUUACAGUCGACGCAUAAUUUACAAUCCGGCCGAUCAACGCCGUCAUCUGAUGGAAGAAGCAAAGUAAUGACGCCGACAAACUCGCGUUACGAUCAACCGUUUACUUUCCAAAGUCCACCGUCUCAAGGACGAUCCACCGAGUCACUGAAAAAUGCAAGAUCGGACACUAAUUACACUAAUAAUAACAGCUCUGUGGAUACAUUUCAGAGCGCAAGUGACGUCUCCAAAGCCGCGUUACCGCCUCCUCCAUACGUGGAAACUGAUGAUAUGGAGACACCACAAAUUCUGCAAGAGAAAAUGUACCGCAAACCUAGUGACUACGCUGAACUAGCUGACCGUAAAAGUCAAAAGCGGAGCUCCAGUGAGAAAGACCUCACCCCUAAACGCGAUCUUUCACAGUAUAGUGAUAUUGCAAUCAAGUUUCACAAAGUCUACGAAGCGACCAUAAACGAUUCACCGAACUUCACCGCCGAAGUUCAAAUGGAAUGGUGCGAAACGUUGCUGCAAUUUGCUUUCAUAGAAGAAUUCAUUGCCAACUACAACAUUAAUGGCGAUAAGCUCAAAAGAACGUUAUCAGCAGCGGAAAUGCUGAAAAAUCAGAAAAUAAUUUUGGAGCAUGCUUUAAAAGUACUGACAAAGCUCAUCACUUUGCAACAUGGGCCCGCGCUAUAUUUGAUGGCAACACUUUAUUCUCACCAGCCUUAUCUGGACGUUAAGAUCCAACAGGUCAUUGCGCGGAACGACAGUAAGGCGUUAGAUUAUUACAGCAGGGCUGCGGCUCUAGACGUCAGUGAAGCUUGCUAUCGUGCCGGUGUAUGUUACGAAUAUAAGAGAGGUACACCUGCAGAUCUGAAUGGGAUGCGAUGCAUGCAAAAGGCCAUACAUUUCUACGAGAAGGGAGCGCUGGAUUGCGAUAAUAUCGCAUGCAUGUAUAAAUUGGGAAUGUUGUGCUUGCAGGGUGUAAAGGACGCCAAGCAAAGGUCGCUCCUCAAUCAAGAUGUGAAAGUUGCCAUGAGCUGGUUUUCAAGGGCUAUUCGUCGCGACGAGAAAGUAGGUAGCGCUCCUGAUCCCAAGUCGCAGGAUAGCACCGCCGGUGGUGCCAAAAAAGCGGAUCGUGUAUCUCCGCAAGCAAUGUACGAGCUUGCCAAAUUGUACGAGUUUGACGGUCUGGCGCCCGCGCUACAAGAAUCGUUGACCAACGCGGGAGUUUCUCGAAACACGACAAAAGCGUUACAAUACUACCACCGCUGCGCGACCGGGUAUUCGUAUGCGCUAGCCCAAUGGCGUCUUGGCCAGUGUUACGAGUUUGGCCAGCUGAAUUUGGGCGUGGCGGCCAACAAGUCUAUUGCAUGGUAUGCCCAGGCAGCUACCGCAAAGCCUCGCGGCAACCCUAUGGCCAUGAUGUCGUUGAGCGGCUGGUAUCUUACAGGUGCCACGAAUGUGCUCAAGCCUAACAACAACGAAGCAUUCAAAUGGGCCCGCAAGGCGAGCCAAGCAUCGGAGGGCAAAUUGGCCCGUGCAGAAUAUGCGAUCGGAUUUUUCUACGAGAAUGGUGUUGGAUGUACCGCCGAUCCCAAUGCCGCACGGGAACACUACCAGAAGGCAGCUCAGGCUGGUCAUCGCAAGGCCCAUGAUAGACUCCAAAACAUGCUAGCACAAUGGAAUGGUGGAUGA